AUGGAAGGUACGCAGCACAGGGGCCGUGGUGGGCAUUUCAGAAGAGGUGGAGGCAGUGAGGCUGGCAGCUCGGGUGAACACCGAGGUCGAGGGAGAGGUGGUCAUCACCGUGGAAGGGGCAAACGAGAUCAUUAUCGGGGGAGAGGUCGCGGAGGACCGCCUGCAGACUUUCGCCGAGGCCCGGAGGAAAAUGAUGAAAACAAGGAGCACUUUGAAGAUGAGGUGCCAGAUAUGUUCCCCAGACGAAAACUGGAGUCUAACUGGGACCGUUAUGAGGCAUCAGAAAAAGAGGAGCAGAAUGAGGAUGUUCCCACACAGCGGGGAACAGACUAUCAUGUGCUUCUUAGCUCUGCAGGGGAUUCCUUCACUCAGUUCAGGUUUUCUGAAGAGAAGGACUGGGAGACGGACUCCUUAGCCACCAACCAGAUGUCUGCUGUAUUUGUGGACCUUCCUGCACUGGCCCAGUCUCUUCAGGAGCUUCCACUACACCAAAGACUAAACUUAGAAGCUGAACUGGUUCAGGUGACAACCCCAGCUGAACUUCCUGCAGUGACCAUAUUGUCUAAAGCAGACACGAAAUCAGCAGCUGUGUUGAAACCUUCCACCCCUGGACAGAAGGGCGUAAGCUCUGGCCCAGGUGUUUCCUGCCCAUUAAAACCAGUGCAGAGCAGCACAACUUCAAAUCCCUCGGCACAGGUAGUCAAUGCUCCAGUGGACGAUGUUGAUACAGAGCUGGACCUCCUCCUAAAUUUGCAGCAACCUAAUACUGAGGUAUUAGCUGAAUCACCAAACUCAAGCACCAUGGAAGAGGGGACUCUCAGUCCAGAACAACGAGAUGAGGAGGAGAAAGACAAGGAGGUGAAAGAGUUUAAAGAGGACGUGAAGGAACAAGGGUCAAACACUAAAAAUAACCCAACAAAGCAGGAACUGACUGAGGAGGAUCUAGAGGAUUGGUUGGACAGUAUGAUUUCCUGAUCGCAUGAACAUGGAGGACCACAUUCAUCUAACACAAGAGGGCAGGAAUUCACAGCUUCUGUAAUAACAUACAUAUGAAGACACCCUUGCUCUCAGGUGGAAAACCAUUAACACCACUCUGACCCAGUGGAGGAACAGCUGAUCUCCCACACAAAAGCUGUUUCAUCUCUUAUCCCAAAGUAUCCCUUUGCGUCGUCGCAUAAUAUGUGGCAUCUUACGGAGCGUCUUCAGCUUAUGGGCAGCAGGUUGAUAUGUGAAAGGCAGAGGCUAGCGAAUCUGAAGUUCAACACUUUUGCUGUGUUUGUUUACACUGCAUUAAGGAGUUUAUUAGUUUGUUGGUGCAGAUUUUUCUUUUAUAGAA